CGAAGACAACGGGGAGGAGAUGAAUUACGAAUUUGGGCGAGAAAGUGGAUUCAUCAACAGCCAGCCGUCGCUCGCUGAGUGCCUGACAUCUCUCUCUCCUGCCGGGGAGGCUUUCCACAGUUCAUCCAUCAAGAGCUCGGCGCUGAUUCCUCCUCCCUUUGAGCAGAGCAUCCCCGGCCUGAGCCCGGCCAUCCAGCCCCGCACCAGCCGCUCCAAGCUGCGGGUUGCGGCGCUGCUGGCCCCGGAGUACCAGGAGUACCAGGAGUACCAGGAGUACCCGUGGAUGAAGGAGAAGAAGAGCAUCAGGAGGAACCAGGCUGCUGCUGCUGACUCCUCGCCUCUCUACUUCUCCCCCCAAGGCUCUCCAGAGGAGCCGGAGGUCGGUGGAGGCGGUGGAGGCGCGUCCCGGAGGCUGAGGACCGCGUACAGCAACACACAGCUGCUGGAGCUGGAGAAGGAGUUCCACUUCAACAAAUACCUGAGCAGACCGAGGCGGGUGGAGAUAGCAGCGCUGCUGGAUUUAACAGAGAAGCAGGUGAAAGUCUGGUUUCAGAACAGGAGGAUGAAGCACAAGAGGCAGACUCACUGCAAGGAGAACCGGGACAGCGAGGGCAAGUACGCGGGUCUGGACGACGGGGACGGGCCGGAGGACCAGGACAGGGACAGGGACCGGGACCGGGACCGGGACAGGGACAGAGACCGGGACAGGGAGAGGUAUUUCCACAAUACCUUAACUUCACAACAAUGUCACAAUGGGGAGAAUUUGAGCAGCAAUGAGAAACAUCUGAAACAUUUUCCUCCCACUGUUCCUGUCUGCGGGUCCUCAAUAGGUCCGGACAAUGAUCAUUCCCCGGGCCUCGACGUGUCUUUGCAGGAUUUCCAAGUUUUCUCCUCCUCCUCCUCUUUCUCACCGAGUUUGUCAGAUUCUGCACAAAGUCCUCUGUCUUUAUCCUCCGAAACUUUUGACCUCUUCUCAGAAACACUCACAACCAUCGACCUGCAGAACUUGAGUUACUGAACAUUUGUUUUAUUCACUUGUGUUAAUCAGUUAAUAGAUCUCACAGAAAAGGUAAGUUAAAACAAAAAAACAACUAUAUUGACAGAUCAUUCCAUUAUUUUUAUAUGGACUAUAACUGAGCAGAAUAUUUUUCUUGAAAUAAAAGUUUACAUUG